GAGGUACUCUUCCCGAAGAAAGCACGGAUCGCCACAAAAUCUAGCCAUCAAGGAAAAACGAAAAAAGUGAGUGGUCCGUGACAGAGAAUUAAGACGCUACAUGAAUCCAGGGAAGAUUCAAUGGUUGAUAGAAUAGAUCCCGCAACAACGCCUGCUGAAUAUGCUGCCGUAAAUGCCGCCUCUACGUCCAAUUAUUCUACGAGUAGUUCCGCAAGUGCGGAUGCUGCUAGGACCGACUCGCAGAAUGGAGGAGGCCGUCGAAGGGCGAUGUCGGUGGCAACAGGAACUCCUAAUGUAGAGACUGUAGUGGUAAAAGCGAAGCGCGCAGCCUCGACUAUUUGGACUUUACUUCAUGCACAGAAUUGCGUUUUGGGGGACAGAUGCCCACACACCGGUUGUCAUGAAGCCAAAUUGCUUCAUUUACACAUCAAAACUUGUGCUGCUGGAGUCGGCUUCGAAUGUCCAACUGGCUAUCACGGCUGUGAUCAGGCUCGGAAGCUUCUCGCACACUACCGUCGGUGUCGAGCAAUUCGCGCCAAACAAGUCGGACAAGCACCCGGUCGACGUGAUCUGAGUCGGCAGCACGUGUGCCUCGUCUGCUAUCUGGUCGCCCGGCAGGCCAGGAGUACUUUGGAACGCUCUAGUACUUCCAGCGCCCGUUCGUCAACUGUAUCCACGACGAAGAAAGUUUCUUCGCGCAAAGGAGUCUCGUCCUUUAUGCUCAACAGUGACAACGAAAUUGUUCCUUUGGUGAAGAAAAGUAUCAUGCCUCCGCCACCUCCUAGGAAAUCGAUAGGAACAGAGCAUCCGCCGAUCAAGAGACUCCAGUUCAGCAAUCAUCAAAAAAACGUAGAGUUACAACACCGACUGCCUUUUGCUGUUGCUGUGGCUGGUGACCCCGCAGCUUCUACGGAAGGAUCAAUAUCUCCCAUGCUGUUCGAUACCAGCAUCUUGGCUAAGAGUUUAGAUUCUGUAAGAGGCUCUUACAUGAAGAUGGCAGCAUCAGAAGCAACUCAUAAGCAGCUUGGGUUGAAGAGGUCUGGUGUCAGCGCGACGCAACAGCAGCCAGCCUUUGAUCUUCGGGAUGAACGCAAAGAAGGUCGACCACGCUCUGCAUCGUUUGCUGCUCCUAUUCGUAGUAGUCAAGGUCACGCUUUUAUGAUGCAACCAUUGGAGGUGCAGUCUCCCGGACGAUCACGAAGCGCCUCUUGCAGUGGAAUUCGUUCUGCCGAUGCUACGCAAACAGCCUCUUGCGACACGAUUUUGGAGGAAGGAUCGCAAGCGUCCAAGGAAUCCAUCGAUUUGGACUUCAAUAUUGAUUUGGCUCGUUGA